CAUUCAAUUUCAUUUCAUUCACCAUCAUUGAAAAAAAUCUAGUUCUGUUCUGUCACGAAAUUGUAUUUAUUUAAUUUUAGCCAAUGUGUUACAUUAUUUUUGUUGCUUUAUAAUAGUAGAUUUAUAAUUAAAUUUCAAUUGUUUAGCGUUUAUUAACUGUGCUGGUUAUAUAAUAACGAUAAACAUGUUCGAUGUGUGUUUGUAAUCGGCCACAUAGUUUACUUCGUCGCAGCACGAUUGUCCCAGACUGGCCAUUCGUGGUAUUUUCACGGUGUUCCGUGUCCCGCGAUGUGGUUUAGAUAGUGAAUAAUAAAGUGGUACGCGUGUGAAAUGUCCCAACAUGGAUGCCCAGAGAGACUGUCGAAUAGAUCGAAGGGUUUCCCGGAUGAGGGGGCUGGGCAGGCCACGAUGGAAGUGCUGGUGGAGACCCUGACGGGCACCGCGUUCGAGAUGACGGUGUCGCCCUCCGACACUAUCUUCGCGAUCAAGUCGAAGAUCUUCAGGGUGGAGGGCAUCCCAGUCUCCCAACAGCACCUAGUGUACAACCUGAAGGAGCUGGAAGACGCGGCUUCGCUCCGCGCGCUCGGCAUAUCGGACGGCGCUCGCCUGCGCCUCGUGUUGGGCAUGCGGGGCGGGCCCAUAUCCACACGCCGGCUACCGCCGCCCCCUACUGAGCCUUGGAGAGAUAUCGAGCGACUGUUGGACUCUAACAGGGAUGAAACUUGGUCCCACAGUGGCGCAGGGUGCAAAGUCACCGUCCUGGUUUUUAGAGACGGCGAGCGUGUCAACAUGCUGCGAGUUCGAGAGAACAGAGACGGCACUAUACAACCUCGAGACCACGACUAUGCGUCACCCCUGCCACACUCCGCGGAGCCCGCAAGAGACAUAGCAACCGGCGGGGCGCGCGACAACGCUGUCACUAUGAACAAGAUGUUGGAGCUACGGAGGCGUAUGGAGACCCUCUCCGUACGGCGGCGUGCAGACACCAAAGCGGAAAUCCAAAAGACCCGCUCCGAGGAAACCCUAUCCGUCCCCUCUCUCCUCGACGACGGCGCCUACCGCGCCUGCACGCCCGCGCUCUACGACGACCGACUCUUCGACGAUUGUCACAACGCUCGACUGUUCGACGAUUGCCGCGACGCUCGACUAUUCGACGAUUGUCCUCGAGACGUCAGGCUGUACGAGGAGUGUCCGCGGGAGGGCAGGCUGUAUGAAGAGUGUCCGCGGGACGGGCGCUACACGAGGCUGGACCUUGACUGUGCCUUUGAUCGCUACACGCUGCUACCGCCUAUAGGUAGCAGAACAGACUCGGACCAAUCCGUCGACAGAAUCCAAGAGGUAGACAGCGAGCGUCUCAUGUCCGACGCUCUCGCCGGCUCCAUACUCGUCAAACGUCGCGACCGGGAGGAAGAGGCUAUACUGGAGGAGUGUCUCGAGGGCGUCGAGACCUUGCGAGACUCUCCGCAGUUAGCUGCUGGUGACUUGGCUCCUAUACCUGCGGCUGAAUAUGGUCCGCUGGUGGGCGGCGGCUGGCGCGCGCGGCCGUUCGGCUCGCACGGGCAGCUGGCGCCGGCCGCGCGGGCGCCGCUCCCGCCCCUCGCGCCGCUCGGCGCCGCGCCCGCCGCGCACUCCGCCUCCUCGCUGCAGCUGCAGCCGCAUCCGCCGCUCGGGGACGCGCUCUUCUCCUCCUCCACCAGCGAUCUAGAGACGCUCACGAGGAACAGGAUGCUGCCGCUCAGCAGGCACAGGUGAGCUCUACCCCCUGGCGCCCGCCGCGCACUCCGCCUCCUCGCUGCAGCUGCAGCCGCAUCCGCCGCUCGGGGACGCGCUCUUCUCCUCCUCCACCAGCGAUCUAGAGACGCUCACGAGGAACAGGAUGCUGCCGCUCAGCAGGCACAGGUGAGCU